GUGCUUGCGACGGCGGUGUCCUUCGCCUUGCGGCUCGCCGAUAUGACGAACGCACAAUAAUUGCUGCUCCGUUGGCUUUCUUGGAGAGUGGCUGGUUGACUGGCACGCUGGUCUUCGACCAUGGUGGCUUUGCAUGGAAUGAGUCAUGCGUUGCGGCAGUGGCAACAGUGACUAUUUCGGGCGAUGUAGUCUUUCGGAAUUGCCAUUCACAGUCGACGGGUGGCGCUCUCAGAACAGUGAAAGCUCGAUUCGCCGAUCACGGGCUAGUUGCUCAAGUCUCCGGGCGGCUCCAUUUCGAGAACUGCAGUGCCAAUUACAGGGGCGGUGCUAUUUCAGCUUGGAACGUGGAGUUGCAUGGGCAGGAGGUAAAUUUUACAAACUGCAGAUCAGACAUGGGCCGUGGUGGAGCCAUCUAUGCUCAAAGCAGCGUGAAUGUCACGGCUCCGUAUGCAACCUUUCAGAGCUGCGAAGCCAGGUCGGGUGCGGCAAUCUGGUCUGAUGGUAGCUUGGUGUUAAAAGGCUGGUCCAUGACCUUCGAAAACUGCGACUGCGUUCAGGGCCCUAGAACAAGAACCACUGCUGUUUUGAGAGCCGGGUUCCGACAGCCCACGCUGCUUAUGAACACGAGAAUUUCGAAGUCGUGGUGUCAUUUUGGGAUCGAUGCGACUGGAAGUGUUUUUCUGCAUGUUCAAUGGUGCAUUUUUGCGUGGCUGAAGGUGGGAGCCAUCGUUGCAGACUUCGCUGUGGAUGUCAACAUUGAACACGCAAGCUUCCAAAAUUCGGUGAGGUUCCUGAAAGCCCGCAGUGUGCAGAGAGUGCGGCUUCAGAGCGUUUAUGUGUUUUGCACGCCCCCUUCUCGAACUCGGUGCAUAGACCUGGACUUCCAGACGGAAGGGGCGCAGAUCCAGUUUGACGAUGUUCAACUCCACCACAGAAUAUCUGCCCACUUGGGUGGGGAUUCGGUAGUGUUGCAUUUUCCGAUCGAUGCCUUGUGGCGGCCUGGAUCGGCCAAUCCAAUGGACUUGACCUGCUCCCCCGGAUCCUAUCCAGAAUUCAGCCUCACUGACGAAGACCAUUGGGAAGUGAAGACGGUGCCCAGUCGGUCGAAGAUGGACUGCUCAACACUUCUCCCUGCUGGUUCUGCUGGUUGCUGCAUGACCUUUGGCGGUGCUGGGCAUGUCAUGAACAACUCGGUGCACAGGCUUGACCUUGCAUGCACCACGUCCUUUCCGUGUCUUUGCCUGGACGCAUUCUGCAACUCGUGUACCGUCCGAAGCCGUAUGAGAGUCUUUCGCGCCACCUGUUCCCCUUGUGAAUAUGGAACUGUGUCGCCCGCAUCUAUCCAUAUGCCGCUGGUGUUCACAAAUAUUGCCUUGGGUGCAGGGCCUUACAAACGGAUCAAGAAUUCCUGCAUCGACUGCGCCACUCUUGCAGAGUCUGUCGACGCUCUGAUUGCAUGUGCGAGGGGCGAAAUUGAGGUACCACGUGGUGUCAUGGUAACUUUGCACUCUCUCCAGGAAUCUGAUGACCGACAGAAGAUGUGGGCUUGGCGCUGUCCGAACCCAUCCGCCUGCCCUGGGCAGAAGCACCAGCUCGGAGGGUACGGGCUGGAGGACCAGUGCUCUCCGGGCCAUGCAGAAGGUAUUGCCGGCUGCGUGGCAUGUGAUAGUGGCUACGGCCGGAAGAUCAACGACCCAUUUGUUUGUCAGCAGUGCCCGCCCAAAUCAUUUCAAUGGCUGCUGCUGGCCUUGAAGCAUGUCGGUCUCUUCGGCGUCGGAAUGAUGUCUGCUCAAAGAGCUCGACGGCGGACGAGUGUGAUCUUCAAGAUCAUGGUCUCCUUUGGGACGGCCUGCAACUGCAUCCUCCAAGCCGUCUCGAGUCUCGAGGAGUACCACACGGCGAAGGUAUCCCUGCGAAGCUACAUCGGCCUGACAGAGGCCGCGACUUCGGCGACAAGUUUGUACAGUCAGAGCUACGAGUGUCUUUUCCCCGAAUGGCACUUUGACUUUUACCGCUUGGCCAUGCUCGACGUGUCCCCGCCUCUCCUGCUGCUGCUGUCUUGCUGGAUCUGGACUUGGGUCGCAAGCCACUGUGGCUUUCGCCAUCCGGAGGUUGUCAUGAUACAAGGCACCCUCGUUCUCGGCAAUGCCUACAUGGCCAAUGUUUGUGCCGGCUUCGCGAAGCCACUCUCAUGCUUCCAGAUGAGCAAAAGUCACCACAACGGCAAGGCGCUGCAGCGCAACUCUUUCAUCGUUUGGGAGGAGUGCCGCCCCUUGCAUGCACAAGCGAUUGCCGGCGUUGGCAUCUUCGUCUGCAUCCUGCUCGUGCCUGUGUAUUGGCUGGAAAUGAUUCGAAGGUCGCACGACUGGCACUCUGCAUCGCGAAGAAAGAUAAUGGGCUUCCUGGUAUCACACUACAGACCUGGAGUAGAGUGGUGGGAGCUGGUUCCGUUGCUUCGGAAGGUGUUGUUGCUCCAAGUGAGGGUCUUCUCCCCUCCAAGCUAUGCUGCCUCGACCAACCUUACCCUCACGCUGGCUGUCCUGGUAAGCAGCCUCUUGCUGCAUGUCGUCGUGUGGCCCUACGAGGACGUCUACCUGAACCGCAUCGAGGGCUCCGCCCUUGCGGCUAGUGUCACCGCGCUGCUGCUGGCCAGCUUGGCGGUGACCCAAGAGUGGGACAAGAGGGAAGCCUUGACGAUGCGAUAUUUGAUAUCCUUGUGCAUCGUGCUGGUGAUCGGCACGAUGAUGCUGAUGGUGCUGCUGAUAGGAUCGCUUGUUGAGCAGGUGCAAAACAGGAGGCGUCGCAGGGAUGUAGCAUUGACGGUGGAGAUGGAGACUUGCAGUUCGGAGAACGGCCCUUCUGUGUCUGAGAUGUGA